AUGGCAGCGUCUUCAGUGUGCUCCUCAGAUGACGAUGAGCCUGUUUCUGUGUCUUUUAAACAGCUCAAAAAAGAUAAAUUCGUUUUAUCAAAACACCUCAAAAGGGAUUAUGAGCAUGCAAAAAAGCAGCUUAUACGAAAAAAUCAGUUUCGCGACCCCCGGUUUGAUCCUAGAGUCAAUGGAUUGUGCGUAUUAAGUGAUUGGACAUCAUUAAAAGAGGAACAAGAAAACACGAUGCAGAUUCUCAAGAAGCAGUUGAAAAAGGUCAGGUCUGAGGAGCAACGAGAGAAAGUAACGAAGGCGAUCCAGCUGCUACGCCAGCGUCGAGCUACACAAAUGGACGUCGAACUAAAAAGACGCGUAAAACGGGAUCUUCAAAGGCAACAAAUGGAUGCUCUGAGAGCAGGAAAACGCGCUUCCUUUAUCACCAGAAAUAAACUACGAGACAAGGUAAAGGAGGAGCGGUUGAAGUUAUUAACGAAGAGAGGGAAGGAGAAAUAUCUAUCCAGGCAAUCAAGAAAGAAAAGUGGCGCCAAUGUUUUUGAUGACUACAACGAAUAA